AUGGCGACUGCGGCCUUCCCCUCGCUCUCCUCCAUUGUCGCUUCCGCGGCCUCCGCCCUUUGGUCCGCCAACCUCACAUUGCCGUACCCAACGAACGCGUCGUGGCAGAACUUCGUGCUGGGGCAGGGCGGCAACCCCGAGCUCGUCACGCCGUACAUCGUGCAGAGCGCGGAGGGGCGCGUCGCGUGGGGGUUGCCGCUCUCCACCUACGACGACCUCUCCGCCACCCUCUCCUUCCGCCAACCCUCCUCCGCGCCCUCCGAUCCCCCCGCACUCGAGGUCCCCCUAGUGCGCGGGUCGCCCCUCCUGACGUUCAUAUUCCCCCCGGGCGGCCCACCUGCGACGCCCAUGCUGACGACGAUCCACGCCAUCACCGGCGUUGAGGCCAGCAGCGACAGCACCAAGUACCGCGUCGUGCUCAACAACGGCCAGGUCAGUCAGUCCGCCACAUCAACGGCUGCCUGCGCCCCAUUCCUGUGUCUCAUUCUCCCAUCGUCCUUGCUAUCUUUCCCAUCCGCUUGCUCUCAAACUUCCUGUAAUAGAGCACCCCCCCCCACUCACUCACUGGAUGUAUCAACCACCAUCUCUUCUCCCCCGUUUCUAUCUCCCUUCCCCUCUCACCAGACAUUGCUGGUGUACCUGUCUGUCGUCGCCACUGGCGCCGAGGACGAGGAGGCGCCGCUGGACGCACACGUGCCCACGGUGCCGCUGGGGGGGAGUGCGCAGGUGGGAGAGUUUCUCAUCGAGUACACCUGGCGCACCCAGCAGUGGCGCGAGCUGGCUAAUGGCGAAACUAAUGCGCCGCCGCCGCUGCUCAUGCUAUCGCUGCCAAGUGAGUUGCUUGCUUGCGCCGGUGCUGCUGUGCUGCAAUGUCACCUGCAAUGCCGUCACAAGGAUGCAAUGCAAUCCUUCAUCGCCCUCAUCAUCUUGCUGGCAUACCCCACCAUCGACGGCCAGGCGGUGGGCAUGCAGGGGGGGGUGUGGCGCCUCAACGUGCCCAAGCGACCCUCCACGUGGGAAGCAGGGCCCCUCUCGUCCGACGCACAGCUGCUGGACGAGCUGAGGGGCAGCCUCAAGCAGGACGUGGCCGCUCUGCCGCCCCUCUCCUCCCCUUCCACCUACUCCUUCAGCAAGGCAGCGGCACGCGUCGCCCGCCUGGCGCUGAUCGCAAAGCAGGUGCAAUACGAUGACAGCCUGGCCGCCGUGCUGCCGCCCCUGCGAACCGCACUCUCCACGUGGCUGGAUGGCACCUUCCCUAGUAACCGCCUGCUGUACGAUCCCACGUGGGGCGGUGUGGCCAGCGCGUACUACGCGGGGGCGCUGCUGGCGUCUGUGCUGGGCGAAAAGCCGCUUGCCUCGUCCAAUCCGGACCCCUCCCUCACACCCGGCUACGAAGCUGUGUUUGCAGAUGCCAACCGCGUGGUGGGCGUGCUGUGGUCCACCAAGCGCGAUGCGAGGCUGUGGUUCGCCCCGUCGGCGGACAUGGAGAAGCGUGUGGGCAUCUAG